AUGGUUGGUCGGAGAAAAAGAGGACCAAACGAUGAUGAACCUAAACCUCGUCAAAGAGACCUUCGUGAUAUUGAGUUAGAAGAUUUAAGGAGACAAGUGCAGCAACUCGAACAACGCCUUGCACGUGGCGAAUAUCGUGAACAUGAUGUUGAUGGUCAUGGUUCAGAUGAUGAUUCAAGAAUUAAUGAUGAGGAUUUCAAUCCAUUUCAUGAUGAUAAUGACGCAAGUGACCGUGCAUCUCGUGUUGAUAUUCCAGAUUUUGAAGGAAGAAAUAAUCCCGAUGAAUUCAUUGACUGGCUCAAUACCGUUGAGAGAAUUUUUGAGUUCAAAGAUGUUCAAGAAGAUAACAAGGUGAAGUUAGUGGUUAUCAAAUUAAAAAAAUAUGCGUCCAUUUGGUGGGAACACCUUAAGAAGCAACGUGUGCGUGAUGGCAAGAAAAAGAUCAAAACAUGGGACAAAAUGAAGAAGGAGUUAAGGAGGAAAUUUUUGCCGAAUAAUUAUCGCCAAGAUGCUUUUCUCAAAUAUCACAACUUCAGGCAGAAGGAUCUAUCUGUGGAAGACUACGUGGCUGAAUUUGUUUCUCUUAUGAUGCGAUGCGAUGUUUUGGAGCCGGAAGAACAAACUAUUGCUCGUUUUCUUGGAGGGCUACGAUAUGAAAUUGGAAAUGUGGUCCUAUUGCAGCAAUAUUUGACAUAUAAUGAUGUAUGUCAGUUGGCUCUCAAAGUUGAAAAACAACAAAAAAAAUCGAGUCAUUUUGGGGGACGUUUCUCAUCGGGUGGUGGUGCCUAUAACCGAGGAAGUGCUUCUACUUCCAAGAACAGUCCAGCUAUAAAAGACGUAAAACAUAAAUCUUUUACAAGUAAGGAUGGUGGUGCUGCUAGUUUUGAAAAAUCAAGUGGUCCAACUAAUCAAAAAACUUGUUUCAAGUGCAAAGGGUUCGGACAUUUUGCCGCUGAUUGUCCAAAUCGAAGAAUCAUUACUCUCGUUGAGGAAGAGUAUGAAGAAGAGAAUGAAGAGACAACACCAAUUUACGAUGAAUGUAACGAGGAGGGAGAUAUCACUUAUGAAGAUUAUGGGGAAGCUUUAGUAAUACGGCGUAUCCUCAACACCACUUAUGUUCCAGAUGAUUCAUGGCUUCGUAAUAAUAUUUUUCACACUAGAUGCACGUCAAAUGGCAAGGUGUGUGACAUCAUUGUCGAUGGAGGAAGCUGCGAAAAUGUUGUGGCUACAGCUAUGGUGGAGAAGCUGCAAUUAAAAACUGAAAAUCAUCCUCGACCUUACAAAUUAUCAUGGCUUCGGAAAGGUAAUGAAGUAAAGGUAAAUAAUCGAUGUCUCGUUCAAUUUUCUAUUGGAGAAAAGUACAAAGAUGAAGUUUGGUGUGAUGUUAUCCCUAUGGAUGUUUGUCAUUUGCUUCUUGGAAGACCUUGGCAAUUUGAUAGGAAAACACAACAUGAUGGAUUCAAAAAUACCUAUACUUUUAUAAAAGAUGGCGAGAAAAUAAUUUUGGGGCCUUCAAGAAUGAAGGACAUUGUUAAGCCAUCAAAGGAAGAAGGAAAUAAUUUGCUCGCCAAAUCACAAUUUGAGGAUGUAAUGAAUGAAUCAUUAGGGGCGUUUGCAUUGGUGGUUUUGGAAGAAAACAAGGAAGAUAAUAUUAUUCCUCUACAAGUGCGACCUCUUUUACAAGAAUUUGUUGAUGUCGUACCUGAAGAGAUUCCUACGGGUCUUCCUCCCAUGCGAAAUAUUCAACAUUGUGUAGAUCUAAUCCCUGGUGCGUCAAUCCCAAACAAAGCUGCUUAUAGAAUGAAUCCUAAGGAAUAUGAAGAGUUGCAGCGACAAGUUGAAGACUUGCUGGCAAGAGGUCUUAUACAAGAAAGUAAGAGUCCUUGUGCUGUGCCAGCACUUCUUGUGCCAAAAAAAGAUGGUUCGUGGCGUAUGUGUGUUGAUAGUAGGGCAGUGAAUAAAAUCACGAUCAAAUACCGUUUUCCUAUUCCUCUCCUCGAUGAUCUCUUUGAUCAACUUCACGGCUUCAAAAUUGGUUCUAAGAUUGAUUUACGGAGUGGCUAUCAUCAAAUUCGAAUGCGGCCUGGAGAUGAGUGGAAAACCGCUUUCAAGACCAGAGAUGGUCUUUACGAGUGGCUGGUUAUGCCAUUUGGACUUUCUAAUGCACCCUCUACAUUUAUGCGACUUAUGAAUCACAUGUUUAAACCAUUUAUUGGGAAAUUUGUUGUUGUCUAUUUUGACGAUAUUCUUGUGUACAGCUCUAGUCCAGAAGAGCAUUUAAAUCAUCUUCGACAAGUUUUUAGGGUGCUAAGAGAACAGAAGUUAUAUGCCAAUUUGAAGAAAUGUCACUUCUUCACUGACAGCCUCGUCUUUUUGGGCUAUAAUAUUUCUUCCGACGGUAUCAAGAUGGAUCGAGACAAGAUUGAAGCUAUCUUAAGUUGGCCAAUCCCUAAGACUAUUCAUGAUAUUCGGAGUGGUAGUUUCAAGUGGACGGAGGAAGCAUUAAAAAGCUUUGAACUUCUCAAGAAAAAAAUCACGGAAGCUCCAAUUUUGCAACUUCCAGAUUUCGGAAGGGUAUUUGAAGUAGAUUGUGAUGCUUCUAACGUGGGGAUCGGAGGAGUUCUUAGCCAAGAAGGCAGACCCAUUGCUUUCUUUAGUGAGAUGAUGAAUAACUCCCGACGCAAUUAUUCAACAUACGACAAGGAGUUCUUUGCCCUUGUUCGUACCUUGGAUCAUUGGCAGCAUUAUCUACUACACAAGGAGUUUGUUCUCUUCUCGGAUCAUGAAGCAUUGAAGUACUUGAAUUCACAACAAAAGUUGAACCCGCGACAUGGAAAAUGGGUCGAGUUUCUGCAAGCAUUCAAUUCUUAUCUA